AUGUGUCCUCAUCUGAAAGAUCGUGCAAUAUCUUUAUUAAAAGAAAAAAUGUUUAAAUGUCAACAUGUUUUAUCAACAAAUACAUCAACUGUUGCAUAUUCAUCAUCGCCACCAACAACAUUAUCAACAUCUACAUCAUUAUCUUCGUCUUCUUCAUCAUCUAUAAAUACUAAUUCAUCUUCUGCACGAAAACGCUUAUUAUUAGAAAUCUAUGAUAAACCAAUUGAAAUGCCAAUUAAAACAAACAUUGAGCAAGAAUUAGAAUUAUAUCUUGCAUCAAUAUGUGUUCUAAAAGAAGAAGAAAAUGAUGAUGUUCUUUCAUAUUGGAAACAAAAUGAACAUUUAUAUCCAACAGUUGCAUAUAUUUCUCGAAGAAUAUUCGCAAUUCCAGCUUCCAACACAUCUAUUGAGCGUUUAUUUUCAACAUGUAAGAAUACAAUAACCGAUAAACGAACAAGACUUGGUGGUGAAAAAUUAAAUAAAAUCAUGUUUUUGCAAAAGAACAUGAAUAUUUUAAAAGAAAAAUUUGGUGGUAAUUCUUUUCCAACACCAGAUGAUCAAGAUACAAAACAAAAACAACAUACAGUGUCUUUAAAUAAUGAAUCAAUUUCAAAGAGACAAAAAACAAAUGAGCUUUCGAACAAUUAUCAAAUUAAAAAUGAACACUUAAUUCAUACUGAAAGUGAAGAAAUUGAAGAACUUAUUUAG